ACUUGUUCUGUUUGCUUAGCUAUCGCUCCUGAAAAACAGAAGAGGUUACUAACUCCCUCUCAAGUAUUCCUUUCCCCUUUGCUUUUCAGAGAAUCCCCUAAUUCAGGGGGCUGUUUGGACCAGUUAUGAAACCUUUCGUUGUGCUAGUGCUCUGUUGUAGUUUUUUUUCUAGCAGAGCCACCCCUCUUCCAUUUGAGUUUUCAGACUGCGAUGAUCCCGAUGUCUUGGAAGCUGUUGACACAGCACUGAAGAAGUACAAUGGAGACAGAACAACUGGUAAUCAAUUUGCUCUGUACAUGGUGAUGGAAGCCAAAAGAACAGCAGGUCCUGACACACAAUUCUACGUGAAAUACCGAAUACGAGAGACCACUUGUGCCAUUGAGGAAAACAAACACUGGAAUGACUGUGAUUACAAAGUACCUGCAGAAGCUGAAACUGGAGAAUGCACAGCUCGAGUUCACAUUAAUAAGGCUGAAAAAACAAGUAAUGUUUCACAAGAUUGCAAAACUGAUCCAGCUAUGACAAAGAUAAUGCUUACUGAGGCUGUAUGUCUUGGAUGCUUUCAUCCUAUAUCAAGUGACUCUUUACAAGUGUCAGAAAUUCUGAAACAAGCCAUCCAAAAGUUUAACAGGCACAGUGAUGAAGCUGCCCUUUUUAAACUUGUUGAAAUAAAAGAAGCAAAAAGACAGGUGGUAGCUGGAUGGAAUUAUAUAAUUAAAUAUGAAAUCAAGGAGACUAAUUGUUCCAAAGACCAAUUUCAAGAUUUAAGUCCAGAGUGCAAAACCACUUCUACAGGGCGUGUAGGUAACUGUGAGGCCAAAGCAUAUGAAAGUCUUAAUGCGCAGAUCGUAGAUAUUGCAAGUCAAUGCAAGUUUCCAGUUGAAGAAACCGUAAAUCCUCCCACUCUCAUUUGUGCUGGUUGUCCAAAGACUAUCCCAAAUGACAGCCCAGAACUGAAAGAACUACUGAAGGUUUCUAUGGAGAAGUACAAUUUGGAGAAUAAUGAUGAUUUCUACUAUAAAGCUGGAGAAAUAGAAAAAGCGACAGUUCAGGUGGUGGCAGGGAAAAACUACCAUAUAACAUUUGCAGGCAAGAAGACAAACUGCUCAAAGAAAGAGUUUGAAGAACUUAAUGAAGACUGUGAAGCCCCACCUGGCAGCGUACCAUUGAAAUGUGAAGCACAAAUUUAUGUGAUCCCAUGGCAGAAUAAAACAAUGCCUCGGGUUACCUGCACAAAGGAAUAUUUACCGCUGAUCCUUGCAAGAAGGCCGCCUGGAUUCACCCCCUUCCGAAGCCUCUCCCUUUUGCAACAUCAGCCAGAUAAAACAACAUCCUCUGAUAAAAAUGAAACAGGAAGUCAGACACCUAGCAAAGAAACAAGAAAAGAUCAUGGACGUGGACCAGAAGGUGAAGGUGAACCUGGGCAUAAACACAGGCAUAAACAUGGGUGUAAACAUGGGCAUGGAUUUAAAAAGGAUCCUACGUCUGACGAAAGGCAUGGGCAGGGCAUUGACUGUGGGGACCGAACUGGCUGUGGGUGUGGGCAUCGAAAACACAGGAAGGAUGGUAAACAUAAACAUCCGAAACCCAAAUCUUCUGAGGAAUCUGAUGAAAGGGCUUUUAAUCACAAAGAAACCCUCCCAUCAUCCAGUGCUGAAAUGGUGUCACAGCUAGUUACUCCUGGGGCUGCAAGACAGGAAACUAGUAUUCCUGCAGAAACGGUAACUCUUCCUGAUAUUUCUUUAUUUAAUGGGUUGCCAGAUCGCUCAGAGUCUCCUCUUCCCCGAUGUCCUGGAAAACCAUGGAAACCAAUUAUGGACCUCCCAGUUCCUUCUAGCUUUCCCAGAGAACUGACAGACGAGGACCUCUUACCUUCUGCAGCAGAAAGCAUCAAUCCAACAACAGAAAACUCAACACCUACCCAAAAUGAAGAGACAAGCUUUGACCUUUCAGAUGCUUUACCAUAACUCAAACAUUGCACAGUCCUCGUGUGAGGCCACACACAGAAAAUCAAAUAAUUGUCCUUUAAAAUCUAUGAAAUCUUAGAGGCAAAAAGCUCCUACUCUGUUAGCUAAGAUAUUCAAAGAGGUCCCCAGCACUUCUGGAGACCUAAGACCAUGAGUCUGUGUUUGCAUAUCUUGGCACGUAUGGCAAAGCUGUAAAACAGGCGUGGCAUCACAGAUGCAGAACCAGUCUAUUUAAGGGAAUCCAGGACAAGUCAACAGCUUUCUGCUGUAGAUGUCACAGUUAUAAGCAACUCAUCUGUCUCAAGAUUGCUAUAAACACACAGUGAAUCACUGCAUCAAGUCUCACUACAUUAUGUUUAAAACAACAGCAUAAAGAAUUUUGCAAAUUCCAUAAAGAAUCUCUACCAAGUAUUUCUGGUGGGUAAGACAAAAGCAAGCCAAUAGAGAACAAGGAUGCCUUCUUUAGAUAUCUAAAAUAAUACUCCUCUCAUUUACUAGAUGGAAAUUUCUUUAAGCACAAAACAAAAUACAGGAACCUGUUUUACCUGUCAGUGCCUUUACUCUAAUUAAUAUUCCUACCAGUCUAUCACUAGCAGGUGGUCUUGUUGAAAGAGAUAAUAGGGACAGCUGACAGAAACCCAAAUAAAGCAUAUUCCCUAUGUGUAAUA